AUGAUUACCUUCCGCCUGUCGAACAAUGUGUACGCGUACACGGCGUACCUGGUGCUGAUGGUGUUUUUCUUGUGGCCUGGACGGUUCGCCAGUAUUUACGAUUACAUCGAAGGCGAAAAUAUCUAUGAUCAGCUGAUACGGAAGACGACCAAAAACAUCUCGCUAAUGCGCAACGGCUUGCGGUGCGAUUACAGUGAGGUAAUCGAAGAAAACCUAUCCUUGUACCGACCGCCCUUUACGGAGGACAUCAUCAACAACAACGUGCGACUGGGCGGCGAGUACUACCCGGAGGAUUGUUUGCCGAGCUUUAGCACGGCCAUCAUCGUGCCGUACCGGCAGCGUGAACACCAGCUGAAUCAGUUUCUCAUCUACAUGCACAACUUUCUACGCCGGCAGCGAAUUCACUACCGCAUUUUCAUCAUCGAGCAGUACGACCCCAAGCCGUUUAAUCGUGCGAAGCUGUUCAAUAUUGGAGCGUUAAUUGCAAUGGGACUGGACUAUCCGUGUCUCGUGCUUCACGACGUCGAUCUGAUGCCGAUGAAUCUGGGCAAUCUGUACGCCUGUUCGCGUAAACCGCGCCACAUGUGCUCGAGCCUGGACGUGUUCCGGUACAACUUGCCAUAUCGCGGACUUUUCGGUGGUGCUGUGGCCAUCGAGUCCAGCGUGUUCCUUAACAUCAACGGAAUGUCGAACCUGUUUAGCGGUUGGGGUGGCGAAGAUGAUGACAUGUACGAGCGGCUCCAGAACAAGCAGAUCGAAAUAUGCCGCUUCAGCCCGUCCUAUAGCCAGUACUCGAUGUUGAAGCACCGGAAGGAAAAGCCGAACAAGGACCGAAAAGCGUUCCUGAAAAACGGCAAGCUACGCUACCACACCGAUGGCCUGAAUUCGCUUGUCUACAAGCAGGUUGGCUUUAAGCUGCAUAACCUGUUCACGCACGUGCUCGUGGAGACAUAA